CGGUCUCACUUAUGGCCUCCCCAUGUUUACACCCAAGAAACUUUUUCCCAGAAUUAGAUGUUAAAAAUAUUUUAUAGUCCAAGAAAAAUACAAUGUCCUAACGAAUAAAAAAAAAUUAACCGAAGUAAUUAAAUAAUUAAGAUGGAGGAAGUUGACAAUAUUAUUAUUCACUCGUUGCGACAAAUUGGCUGUGAUAUUGAUGAGGAGAUAGUAAAUUUAAAUGGAUUCACAACAGAAUUAAUUGUUGAUGCUACGGUUCGUUGUCUGGAGAUAAUUAAACCAGGGGUUGAAUUAUCAAGAACGUUACCGAUCAAUAUGGCUGCUAGGUUCAGAAUUGGGGCAACAUUAGCACAAAUAUGUUCGGAUCUGGGGUACAGAGGAGACAUUGGGUACCAGACGUUUUUAUACAGUUCUGAAAUUGAUUUGAGAAGAGUUUUUAUGUUUCUUAUUGAGAAGCUGCCGAAAGAUAGCGACAAAGACAACGGUGUGCUGCUGAGUAAAUAUGACGAGCUGGAACGAAGAGUUGGGAGUGUGUUGAUGCAGCAGAUGACGAGAGCCUGGUUGCCGCAUUACUGUCAUAAGACCCUGGGCGGAGGGUACGUGAAGAUGCGCUACGAGAGCGUUGAUCUGGAGGUCACGGUUUUGAAUGCUGAAGAUAAUAUUAAAGACUAUCAAACACGGUACCAAUUGUUAAUUAACGAGCAAUUGUCUUCACCAAAGACGUUAAUGCCUUCAAUUAUUUCUAGUAAUUCAAAAUUUUUGUACGCAAAACCUUCUGAUAUUUCAUCGCGCAUCCAGUGGCUCAAUGAUAAAAAUUUACAAUUAAUUAAUGAUAGUAAUAAUGAUAAUAUUACAAGACUGAUGAGUAGAUUUUCAUUAAACGAACGCCUAAAUACUGAUAAAUUAAUUAAAAAUAAAAAUAAUAAAUUAGAAGAAUUAAUUAAUAAGAAUAAAAAUGAUGACGUGGGAGGGAAAAAGGAACAAGAGGAAAAGGAUAAAAAAAAAUUAACGGAAGAGGAAGAAAAAAAAACGGCAGUCGAGUUAUUGAAAGGAGAGUGCGAUACUUUGCGAGCUGAGUACGAGGAAAUAGUGGAAGAAAUUAAAAAAUUGGAGAUUAAAUCGGUCGAGGAGCAAGCGAAGUUUGAAGAAAAAGAGAGGGAGUUUGAAAAGUUUAAGGAGGAGCAUAAAGUUAAAAAUAAAAUUUACGAAUUGCUGGAGGAUGGAGAUAAUAAUAUUAAGAAAUUGGAAGAGGCUAUUGAGGCAGAUAAAAAUAAGCUGAUUAAUUUAGCAGAGCAGUGGGAAAAACACAGAGCACCACUGAUAAAAGAGUAUCGGGAUGAGAGGGAUAAAUUUUACGCACAGGCUAGUACCAGUCAGAAAAAAUUAGACGAAUUACGUCAGUUACGAGAAACCGAGCGUGAGUUACUAGAAGAAUGUCAGCGAAAAGACCAACAGUACUCGCAAUUACUCUCCGAGGUAUCGAAAUUACCCAAAGAUAUGAAUCGGUCAGCAUACACGCAGCGUAUUCUUGAAAUAAUUAAUAAUGUGAGGAAGCAGAAAGACGAAAUAGAUAAAGUACUCGCAGAUACACGAGAAAUUCAAAAGGAAAUAAAUAUACUGACGGGAAAAGUCGAACGUUCUUUUACGGUCGUCGACGAUAUAAUUUUCCGCGACGCCAAAACAAAUGAAACUUCACGUCAGGCUUAUAAAUUAUUGGCAACUUUACAUAGUGAUUGCGCUGAAUUAAUAAAUUUAGUCGAAGAAACUGGGACAGUCGUCAGAGAAAUUCGCGACUUAGAAGAACAAAUUGACACAGAGUCUAAAAAAAAUAUCGGAGCAAACUUAGAGCGAAUAACAGCAGACUUGGAUCAGAUGAGACAAGAAACCGCUUCGCUGACAGCGCAAUUGGAGAAGAAAAAAAAAUCUAAACUCCUGGCGGAAAUAAAAAAUUACUGAAAAAAAUAUAAUAAAAAUGCAUUUAUAUUAAUUAUUAAUUAAUGAAAAUUGUAAUAAUAAAUUUUUAUAAAUUACAAAUUAAA